AUGGACGCAAACAGCAACGACACACAGGUUUCAAAUGCCUCCCAAGGAGAAAUCAGCGGCGCCAAUGCCCAACUUUUCGACGAGACCAUGAUGGCAGCUGUGGAAAACAUCGUGGAAGCAGCCGUCGAAAAGGCAGUGAAUAAGACAGUCAAGGAAUUCAUGGGCGAUGUUAUGAUGGAUACUGUCGACGAAAUUGUGAACAUCGCUGUCCAGAAAGCCAUAGAGGAAAUCUCUGGACGUUCUGGUGGGCUACAACCGUCAAGCUCCAGUGCACAAAACAACCACCGAGGACGAUCCAUCCAUAUCAAAAGGGACCCGGAUGCCGAUAACAGUCUCGCUGAUGAACUCAAUUCUCCCGUAGUGGAUGAAGUCCGCCCAGGAUGUAAAUUUCGAAUUUAUGGUGAAUCAGGUGGUUGGCAUAUACUGGGGGUCAAUGAAAUGUCUAAUCUCACUCUGGAGAGCAUUUACAUGGCUAGCAUGCCUUCGGUAUUCUACGAAUGGCAGUAUGAUCUAAAGGAUGAUUAUGCUUGUUUUUACAAUAACGCGAUGGAAGUAUAUCUGCAAGCGGCAGAUUGUGGCAGUGAAGAGGGUCUCAUGACUGUUGGUAGCGGUGACCAUCAUAAUCAGUUUUACACGACACAGGACAUCGGAACUGGAAAGCGCACACUCAAAUGUAUGUAUCCGGGAGUCGAUGGUGUUACUGAACAUCUGGAUGCUGUCGAAAUACGGGACGACGGGGAAGGAAGACUGGUGCCUGUGCAUUACCGGAAGCCCGUAGCGAAGUUGAUGUGGAAAUUCAAACAGGUCAAAAAGGAGUGA